GUGUGUGUAAUAACUGCAUUUUCUACUACUAUUCCUAGUUGCCCUCUGAUAUAUCACAGACAAAAACCAAAUUGCCCUCUCUCUCUCUCUCUCUCUCUCUACAUAACUCUCUCUCUCACUCUCUCUCCACUAUAUAUACACACAUAUAUGUAUAUCAGUCUCUCAUGCAAAGACUGCACCCUUUUGGCUAUCUUCAGUGUGUGUUCACCAUGGAAGAAAGUGACAAGAAGAAAUGCACAGCCACAACAAAGAGUUUCAGGGGAUCAAAAACAACAACAACAAGAACAACACAUAACAACACUAACCCCCCUCAACACCAACACUUUUAUCAUCAUCAUCAUCUUUUUCACCUUCAUCCACACUACCUUUUCCACAACCCCCCCACAACAAACCUUGGUUUCUUAAACCAAAACCUCUAUCCAUAUUCUCCUCCACCUCUUCUUCCACUACCACCACCACACUCCGCCCUAUCUCCACCACCUCCUCCGGUGGUCCAUCUAAAUCAUGCUCAUUUUCACAAACCUUCAUGGCAACAACAACCACCUCAUGUUCAUCAUCAAACAGCUUUAGAGACAAUUCCAAGAACAAUGAACUCAUCAAAGCAAAUCAAGAAAGAUGAAUUCAAACCCAUCAUCAAAGACUCAUCCCCAUCACCAUCACCACCACAACAACCACCACUCACGGUGGCAAGAAGGCCAGAUUCCGGCGGUUCAGAAGGAACAAUAAUCCCUUUAUUAGCAAACCACUUUCUAGUAGAAUUCGACCCAUUACAACAAAUCCACCAAUACGACAUCGAAAUCACCCCAAAACCCUCAAAAGAAACCGCAAGAUUAAUCAAAAACACCCUCAUCAACCACCACCCCACCAUUUUCUCCAACACAAACCCCUGCUACGACGGCCGGAGAACCCUUUUCAGCCCCACCCAACUCCGACCCGACCCGAUUACCCUCCAAAUCCAAAUCCCACUUCCCAAUUCCCCUAACCAACAACAAAAAUCAAAACUUUACACCACCCACAUCAAACUCGUCGCUAAACUCAACGGUCAAGAUUUAACCAAAUACUUAACGAAAACCCAAGAAAAUCAAGAAAACCAAAAGAACCAAAACCCACUUCCACAAGACUAUUUGCAAGCACUCGACGUCGUUUUACGCGAAAACCCAUCAACAAAAUGCACUCCAUUGGGUCGAUCUUUGUACUCUACUGAACUGGGUGGUUCCAAAGACAUUGGAGGCGGCGCCGUCGCAAUACGAGGUUUUUUUCAGAGUCUACGACCGACACAACAAGGUUUGUCGCUGAAUGUUGACUUGACACUCACUGCGUUUCAUAACCCGGUGGGGGUGAUCCAGUAUUUGGAAAACCGGUUGCCGUUUUUUAGUGAAGUUAUUGUGCAAAAGUCAAGAAAGUUGACUGUUGAAGAAAAAGAACAAGUUGAAAAGGCGUUGAAGAAUAUAAAAGUUGUUGUGUGUCACCGGGAGACUGUCCAAAGGUACAAAGUUGCAAACUUGACCGAAGAAUCGGUUGAGAAUUUGCGGUUUAGGGAUCGGAGUGGUGAGAGUUUGAGGGUGGUGGAGUAUUUUAAAGAGGUGUAUGGGUAUGAGAUUAAGUAUAGGAAUUUGCCGUGUUUGCAGACGAGUAGGAGACGGGUGUGUUACCUGCCGAUGGAGGUGUGUGUGGUGUGUGAUGGGCAGAAGUUUAUGGGGAAGCUUUCCGAUGAGCAGACGGCGAGAAUGUUGAAGUUAGGGUGCCAGAAACCGCGAGAACGGAAGGCUAUUAUUGAUGGGGUCAUGGCUGGACCCUUUGGUCCAUCUAGCGGACGCCAAGCCGGAGAAUUCAAUCUACGUGUUCUAAAAGAAAUGACGAAACUAAACGGUCGAAUUCUCCGACCACCACGGUUGAAACUCGGAGACGGUGGUGAAGUGACGGAUUUGAUCCCCUCCCGUCAUGAUCGACAAUGGAACUUUACCGGCAGCCAUGUUUUUGAAGGAAGCCGAAUCGGUAGAUGGGCUUUAAUCAGUUUUGGUGGCACCGAUGAACAGAAAUCGAUCAUCCCCAAAUUCAUCGAUCGGUUAACUCAAAGAUGUGAACAGUUAGGGAUCUUUCUCAACAGGAACACCGUCGUAAGGCCACAGUUCGAAUCAAUGCAAGUUCUUAACAAUGUAUCGGUUCUUGAAUCGAAGAUAAAGAAGAUUCAAAGAGCUGCGAAUAAUAACUUGCAGCUUCUUGUUUGUGUAAUGGAGAAGAAGCACAAAGGGUAUGCGGAUUUGAAGAGGAUUAGCGAAACGAGCAUCGGGGUUAUGAGCCAGUGUUGUUUGUAUCAAAAUCUUGCGAGAUUGAGUUCGCAGUUUCUCGGGAAUUUAGCGCUUAAAAUCAAUGCGAAAAUUGGUGGGUGUACAGUCGCGUUGUACACCUCGUUACCGGCUCAAAUCCCGAGGGUUUUGACCCUUGAUGAGCCGGUGAUGUUUUUGGGUGCGGAUGUGACGCAUCCGCACCCGCUGGAUGAUUUCAGCCCGUCGGUGGCAGCGGUUGUCGGGUCUGUUAACUGGCCGGCUGCGAAUAAAUACGUCUCGAAAAUGCGGUCUCAGACGCACCGACAAGAAAUAAUACACGAUUUAGCGGAUAUGGUGGAGGAAAUACUAAACGACUUCGUUCGGGAGCUUUCGAAGCUCCCGAAACGGUUAAUUUUCUUCCGGGACGGUGUCAGCGAGACACAGUUCCAGAAGGUACUUGCCGACGAAUUGCAAGCGAUUCGGGAAGCGUGUCGGCGGUUCACCGGGUACAACCCGCCGAUAUCGUUCGUGGUGGUCCAAAAACGCCACCACACCAGGCUGUUUCCGGCGGAUCCGGUGUCGAACAGUGGUCGAAACAUGUUUUCGGACGAGAACGUGCCGCCAGGCACGGUGGUUGACUCCGUCGUGACCCACCCGAAAGAAUUCGACUUCUAUCUAUGUAGCCAUUGGGGCGUAAAGGGUACGAGCCGGCCGACACAUUAUCACAUUUUAUGGGAUGAAAAUAGGUUCACUUCUGAUGAAUUUCAGAAGUUAGUUUAUAAUCUUUGUUUUACUUUUGUGAGGUGUACUAAACCGGUUUCGCUGGUGCCGCCGUGUUAUUAUGCACAUUUGGCGGCUUUUCGGGGGCGGUUGUAUCUGGAUCGGACUGGUGCCUCGUCUGUGUUCACUAGACGAGGCCCGCCCAAAACCGCCCCGCUCCCGAAAGUACGGGAGAAUGUCAAGAAUCUUAUGUUUUAUUGUUGAUAUAUGUAGAAUGUCAAAUUUAGCUAAACUAUAAUUAUUUUUAUUUUAAAGUUAGUUAAUUUAA